GUUGCUGCCCAUGCCUGACAUUGCGCCUCUGCGGUUUAGAGCCACGCCGGCGCUGGCGGAGGUGGCAUCUGAAAGGAGGACGAGCCUGGCCGCCCGUGAAGGUACGAGCUGCAGCACAUGACAGCUUGUCGGCAGAGAUCAUUGCCCUCGCGAAGGCGCAGAAGUCUUCGCAGAGCUUAUCGCUGCUUCGGUCAUCGCGAGACAGGUUGCCCCCGAAUGUUGUGAACGCCGUUCUGGGAGCUGUUGCCAAGCGAGGAGGUCGCGUCGAUGAUUUGCUUGCUGAACUUGAGGAGGACAUUGCGCUUAGAGACAUUGGAUCUCCAACAGCUGAGUGGCAAAUACCCAUCGAAUUCUGGGUCUUUUGCUGA